CUCUCUCCAACAUCUACAAAAUGCUCUUCCUCGCAACUCGUCUGGCUCUUGCUCGUGCUUAUUCUACUGAGGCUCCCAUAGUCGUAAAGACCCAGUCCAAGGCCAGAGUUGGCUCCUUCAAGGGUGGUGUUUUGGGAUUCUUGUUUGGUGUGACUUUGACUGGUUUUGGUUCCUACUACUAUCUUAUGGACGAGUACAGAACUGCCAAUAGUGCUGUUGUCUCUGAGGUUUUAGCCUUGCAGAAAUCCAUUAAAAACUUGGAGGCCCAAGUUAAGGUCUUGGAGGCCCAAAGAAAAUAGCAAUAAAUAAUUCAAUUGAAUUACAUCAAUUCUUACAAUGAUCCUUCAUUGACUCUUUAAAUAAUUCAUAUUUUAAUAAAUCAGAUUCAGACUCAAUUCUUACCACAUUUCUAAUUUCUUUCUGCUAUGUUGUACUUAAUCUUAAGAAAUUGACUCUAAGAAUGUUACAUUGUCCCUUUGCAUUCUUUUCUUUAACAUAAAUAUUACUCUUUUUAUUAUCAAUAUUCAUUUUUUUCGCUUCUUUUUUCUUUUAUUUUUUCUUUUGGAACACAAUUUACUUGUCUUUAGAAUUGUUC